AUGUACGUCAAUGUACGCCGACUAUCAAAUGCCUACAAAUUUCGCAACUCGCUUGGCACGGGCUCUUUCGCAGUCGAGCCACCUAAAGCGGUAGGUAUGGCCAUGAGCAGAGGUCAGCGGCUAUAUCAAGAGGACAGCGUGUCUGCCAAAGUGCUCAACCUGCCCAUCACUCCCCACACACUUGACUCUCAAUGCGCCUACUUCGGCAUAUUCGACGGACACGGUGGUGAUUACGUUUCCCGCUAUCUCCGCGAUAGUCUGCCAGGAGUCAUUGAAAGAAUAACCACGCGUGACUGGAACCUUAUCGACUAUUUCAGAGUCUACGGCAACUAUUUCCCUCAAGAGGAAUUGGACGCAGAGAGUGCUACGAGAGAUUCUCACUCUCAUCUUAGUCUCCACGAUAGACUCAAACUGGCUUUUUUGAAGGCAGACAAGAGGACAAUCACCGAUGCGCAGAACCGCGGCUACCUGUGCGGAUCGACUGCCUCAGUUUUGUUGCUGCACAGUCUCGAUGAUCCACCCUCGCCGUACGCAUUCAGUCGUCGUCUGCAGCUCACAACGGCGCACUGCGGCGACACGUGCGUGGUGCUCGUGAAAGCGCACGCUGGCAAAGCCCACCGCCUCACGCUCGACGACCAUGCCGACAACGUCGGUGAGAUGGAGCGAUUGAAAUCCUUCCACGGCGCACUCGUGCAGGACUCUUACGGCGAAUCCCUUUUUCUUGGCCAGCUCGCCAACACGCGCAGUAUCGGCGAUGCCAAAUAUAAAAGCUGGGGCGUCACGCCCGAGCCCCAUACCCAGAGUGUGGAGGUAGAUGGAGAUGCUUAUAGCAUGGCUAUCCUUCUCAGUGAUGGUGUCACUGGCGUCGUUGGUGUGCAGGAGGCGGCUGAUGUCGCUUCGAGCAAGUUUGGCCAGUCUUUGCAGUUCGGUAGAGCCGCUCAGGCAGCCGCGCAGGCUGUCGUCGAUUUCGCUAUCGAUGUUGGCGCUGAUGAUAACUGCUCCGCUGUCGUUGUUCCGCUUCCAGGUUUCGCUAAUGCUGGUAAAGGUAGAGAUAGGACCCGCGAUUUGCGCGAUUAUCGAUUGCAGGUUGCCAACGACCCUAGCAACGUCAGACAGAAGAGGCAGUGA